UUUUUUUUAAAUUCUUAAGAAAAAGAAAAGCAACAUCUUUUUUACGAGAAUUGCCAUAAAAACACGUUAAACCAACCACUUGCAUUGAAUUCAGCCUUUACGGAUCAAUAGAGAGAGAAAGAGAAAGAGAGAGACAGAGAGAGAGAGAGAGAAAGAGAGACACUCACUUCACCACCAUCACCACUAUGACUUCUGUUGCUACAUUUUCUAUGCACGCCAAGCAGGAAAGCUACUAUGCUAAUGAAGACUUUUUGUCUUCUGAGAAAUGUUAUCAAGAUGAUCAAUUGAUUCCCAGAACGAGCUCACCUGACUGUUUAGAGGGCGAAGAGGUCCAUGACCUUCCCUGUCCUUCACUGACGACAAGUAGUGGUAGCAGCCAAAGAAGAGAGGAUCGUGCUAGCCGUAGUAGGGGAUCCUCCAAUGAUUCCUCAGCCUCAUUUUCCAUCAGUUCACCUGCUGGCUCUCCCUCGUUGCCGAUGGCUAUAGAAUCAUCCACAUCAUCUACGCCCACUACCGCAGUAGCAACACCCAUUCCUGUAAAAAAACCAAAGCGUCUCAGUGCCGUCUUCAGUGGCAGUUUUUUUGGAAGUCUCAAAAUGACACCGGCCUCUUCUCCCCACCCCGAUGGGCUGCUCGAUUCACCGUCUCCUUCUGCUUCUUCUUCUGCGGCUGCCUCGCUGAAUGAAGGUCAUGUAGGCCGCAGUCCGAGUACGAACUCUGUCUACAGUCUCAGUUCCGUUGGAAGCACAGCCAGUCGUCUCAGUAAAUCCUUUUCGAAACUCGUCCGAAGGCCACCACAGCACCGUCAUCGUCCAUCGCAGCAAGACUCGCCGCCGUGUGGUUCUCCGGGCGGUACGGUCUCCUUGCUGACGGAUAAAUACGGCGACUAUGUCAAGCCCGACCCACAACACCGCGCAACAGCGAAAGGGAUGGGAUCGACUUCUCGAAAGAACAUUGCAAGCGGUGCGACGGCCGUGAUCCGUUUGGUACGACAAAGAACAGACGGACGUAUUCUGGCCGUCAAGGAAUUCAAGAAGCGUGACAAGACGGAAAAUGAACGUGAUUAUCAAAAGCGAAUGCUGAAUGAAUACUGUAUCAGCAAAUCUGCUUCCAACGGCCCUCAUAUUGUCGAUACAUUGGAUCUUGUCAAAGAUGACAAAGGACGUUGGUGUGUCGUGAUGGAAUAUUGCUCGGGAGGUGAUGUGUUCAAUCUACUACAAGAAAAGCCUCACAUGGCACCGGAUGAUGUCGCUUGUCUUUUCAAACAAUUACUGCUUGGUCUACAACAUCUUCACCGACUCGGCAUCGCCCACCGCGAUAUCAAGCCUGAAAAUCUUGUCCUGACGUCGACCGGUACACUCAAGAUUACUGACUUUGGCGUGGCAGACGUUGUUCAAACCUGUUUUGAAAAAGAAAGUCAUCCCUGUAAAAAAUGGUGUGGUUCAGAGCCUUUCUGGUCUCCUGAGAUGUGGAAAAUCAAGGACGAAACGAGUCCUUAUGACGGAAGAGCGCUGGAUGUCUGGAGUGCAGCGACCACUUAUUUCUGUUUACGCUUCCAACAACUGCCCUUUACAGCAAGUUUCUUCACCGGAAGACCAGCGAGUCAACCACCCGCAGGAGCGAUCGCAGGCUCUCCAGCGGCUGUGGCUGCUCAGGCAGCGGACGGUGGUGAUUUUGAUUUCAAACGCUAUAUGGAACAACGACGCAAACUAGAGGAUCCCAGUGAUUGCGAUUUAUUCAAAGACUUUACGCAACCUGAACGGGAAUGUCUGGCAGCCAUGAUGGACCCUGAUCCCGAAACACGCUGGACCAUUGAUCAAGCGUUGGAGUGUCCUUGGAUGUCGAACUUUGAAGUCUGUCAAAACGGUAAACUCUCCAAUGGAUAUUAUCAUACCCACUGUAUCUCUUCCAAAGGGGGUAGACGCUAAGAUUCUCGCCCCCCAUCGAUACAAAACACAUACACACAUACACACACACACAUACACACAUACACACACCUUCUCUACACGCCACUUGUAUUUUAAAAUUCAUCUUUCUUUUUGCUUGAAUUUCUUUUUUCUUCUUUUCCUUUGCUGCCUUUGUUUACCCUAUGUUUUGUUUUUGGCCUUUUUUUUUUUUUUUUUUU